AUGUUACGAGACAAUUACCAGGUCGAUCAUGAUUUGAUUGCAGAGUAUUUUCCUGCCAAAGUCACGAUUCGGCAUAUGCUCAGUGUCUUUGAAUCAAUAUUCGGCUUGGAGAUUCAAAAUUUGAAGUGCAAUCGAGGUGAUCAUAUCUGGCACCCAGAGGUGAAGGUCUUCAGUGUACACGACAGAAUUUCAUCUACCUUUUUUGGUUUUCUUUAUUUAGAUAUUUUUCUUCGUGAAGGGAAAUUCAAUCACGCGGCAAAUUUCAACAUAUUUCCUUCCUACUCUGUUCCAGUGGGCAUGGAUCCACCUUUGGUCUGUACAGCUUUGGUGUGCAAUGUGGCACACCCCUUGCAUGACAAGCCAGCGCUUUUAAAGCAUCACGAGGUUAUCACCCUCUUCCACGAGCUAGGCCAUGCCUUUCAUGACCUCUUGGGAAGGUCCAAGUACGCAACAUUUCACGGGCACAGAACAGUUGCAGAUUUUGUUGAAGCGCCAAGCCAGUUGCUAGAAUAUUGGUGUUGGGUGCCUGAGUGUCUUCAGCGACUCAGCUGUCAUUAUAGCUAUGUAUCCCGGGAUGUUGAUGGAGAUUAUGAGGGCGACACUUCUAUGAACCAUCCGACUCGCGCAACGAAGGAAAUCCCUCGACGCCUCGUGGAAAGUCUCGUCGAGACAAGGUCGAUAAAUCAGGGCAUUUUGACCAUGAGACAGGUCGCGUUCAGCAACUUUGACUUGAAGAUUCACUGUCCAGACUCCCAUGAAGCCAUUAAGUCGAUGGACAUUGCCGAAAUUUAUAACUCUCUUUUGCAAAGGACAAGCCUUCUGCAAGGCCCAGAUGAUGGUUAUCAAUGGGGGCAUGGGUAUGCGACGACACCUCAUUAUAUUUGGGGUCAAGAAGCGAACUACUAUUCCUACUUGUACACCCGCAUAUUGGCAGCCAACAUGUGGUGGUCGAACUUUCAUGCUGAUCCAAUGAGUCAGGAAGUCGGUCUCAAAUAUCGAAAGAGGAUACUCGAGCAUGGCGGCAGUCAGAAUGAGCAGAUAGCUCUUACGAAAUUCUUAGGCGGAGAGCCAACAGUUAAAGUAUACCUGAGAUAUCUCUAG